AUGGCGGUGAUGAUCGACGACACGAUGAGCGGCAAGAUGAGCGACUUGAGCAUCUGCAGGAAGACGUCGCCCACGAAGGUGACGUACAUCACCUCACGCGGCGGCCAUUCGCCCUCCCGGGAGUUGCGCAGGAUCACCCCGAGCACCACGCCCGCGGUGACGCCGAGCAGCGUGAGCAGCGUCAGCAGGUUCUCGGACAGGCAGUUGCGCGCGCGCUUCGACCAUGGCUGCGCUGCGUCGGGCAUGGUGCUGCCGCGGCGGUGGACCGGCGAGGACACGGGCUGCGGGCUCGGGCCGGCUUCUGACAAGGGACUCCUGCAACAAGCGAGCGCCGUGGCGGCCACUAUUGAGGGUCGUGAAACAAGAAUGAGGUCGAUUACAAAGAUAACGAUGGCGUUGAAAAAGGAGUGUUUCAAGCAAAAGUAUAGAUCUCAAGAUCAGGUUUGAAGCCGACCGGACGAGACAUUGUGUCAAUAACGAAAUGGAAAAAGUACUAAAGGACAAAGAACAAUGGAGUGGGUU